CUACUUCUAUAAAUGCCCACCAUUGCUCUACAAGCUUAAAAGUUUUCUAGAAGCGUGGUCUGUUGCACAUAGAAAAGUAGUGGUGUUGGUGGUGAAGACAAUGGCCACCGGUGCUGCUGAUGGACUUUUCCGAAGUGUCUAUGAGGGUUGCAUUGCUGGCUGUGACACAGGGAAAGAGCGCAGACCAUACCAUAAAAACUGUGGCUGUGCACUUCACAAGGCUGGUAAAGAAUGUUCACAUCCAUUGCCUAAGUGCAAAAACGUGUCCUACCCAAUAAGGAGGGCUUGGAGUGAAGGGUCUUUGGUCUUGGCAGCUUCUAACUAUUCUUCACCUUCAACUUCUCCAGCUUUGGUUGGUACUGGGAGGAACCAGUUGGGUUUGUGUGAACAAGAGGAAGAGUAUGUUACAUUCAAGAUCUGAUUUUUAUUUAUUUAAUUUGUUAAUUACAUGGUCUCUUUUUUAGAACAAAUUGGCGUUCAAGUCAGAUUUGUGACAAUUUUAUAUAUGUGUUGGUGGAAUUAAUGGUUGUUAACUUUUUUUAUUCCUGACAGUUUUCGUGUUCUUAAUCUUAUGAAUGGUUUAAUCAAAAAUGGAUUUUGUGUUUGA